GCGGCGGCGUAUCGCGACGUCACCCCGCCGGCGAUAUGUCCAUCUGACGUGAAACAGCCCGGCCAGUUUACUGCACAUUUAUGUCUCAGUUUAAAGGAUUCAUUUGGAGCCUUUUGUUGUUAGAAUGCGUCCGGGAGCGAGUCCUCCUCCUCUCGACGCUGCGCAGUCCUCUCUGUGCGUCUGUCUGCUCUUUCUCCUGCUCAGUGUGGAGGCUACUGUAAGGCAAGGCGCUGUUUACAAUGUAGAAAAUAGGCAGGGCUCACCCUGGAGCAUCCUUGAGCAAGUACAGAGUUAUGAGAUUACUUCUCCCACAUGGCUGCAUCCUCUCAGACACAGGAGGGCUGCCAACAAAGAGCAUCCUGCACAGGCACAGGUACAGAUCACUGUUGAGGGUCAGGAACUCACGCUACACCUGGAGAAAAAUGAGCAGCUAUUGGCCCCUGGAUAUCAGGAAAUAUGGUACACCCCUGAUGGAGUGCGCAAGUCCUCCUCUCCUACUCACACUGGACAUUGUUUCUACCACGGAGAGGUUCAGGGCUUCGCAGGCUCCAGUGUUGCUGUAAGCACAUGCUCAGGACUCAGGGGACUCAUUUCUCUGAACACAAGCGUCAGCUACCUGAUGGAGCCUCUUCCUGCCUCAACGGAUGCAGAGCAGCAUCAGCAGCAUGCUGUGUUCAGAGCCGAGAGUCUCCAUCUACCCGGAGGAAGGUGCCUGCAUCACCAUGGCAACAAGGAGCAUGAGGAGGGGCUUAAUGGCUUCAUACAUGGAAUGAUGUCAUUACAGGGCAGAAGGGAAAAAAGGGACCUCAGCAAGAACAUGAAGUACGUAGAGCUGAUGAUCGUGGCAGACAAGGCUGAGUUUGAGAAGCAUGAGAGUAAUUUCGAGAAGACCAAACAGAAGCUACUGGAAGCAGCUAACUUGGUUGACAAGUACUACAAAGCUUUGAACAUCCGUGUGGCAUUGAUCGGUCUGGAGGUUUGGACCAGCCAGGACUUAAUCAACGUGUCUGACAACCCUCACAGCACUCUGGCUGCUUUCUUGUCCUGGAGACGCAAACAGCUUGGCACGCUUCCCAAUGACAACGCUCAGCUCAUCACGGGAAAGGGUUUCCAGGGUACCACCAUUGGGCUGGCACCUCUUAAAGCCAUGUGCUCCGACUACCAGUCUGGUGGAGUGAACACGGACCACUCAGAGUCAGCUGUGGGUGUAGCUGCCACCAUGGCGCAUGAAAUGGGCCACAACUUCGGUAUGAGCCAUGACAGCACAGGCUGCUGCCAAGCAAAGGCUGACGAUGGAGGAUGCAUCAUGGCUGCUGCUACUGGGCAUCCAUUUCCCCGUGUGUUUAACGGCUGUAACCAGAGGGAACUGAAGAGCUACCUGAACUCUGGAGGAGGGAAGUGUCUGUUCAAUCUGCCAAACACCAGAGCCAUGUAUGGAGGACAGCGCUGUGGGAACGGUUACCUUGAAGAUGGAGAAGAAUGUGACUGUGGAGAGGAGGAGGAGUGUACCAGUCCCUGCUGUAAUGCCAACAACUGCACUUUAAAAGCUGGUGCUGAGUGUGCACAUGGUAUCUGCUGCCAUAACUGCAAGUUGAAGAACCCAGGGGUGCUGUGUCGUGCUCCGUCGGGGCCUUGUGAUUUAGCAGAGUACUGCGAUGGAAAAACAGAGACUUGUCCCGCUAAUUUCUACUUAGUGGAUGGUACGUCGUGUGCAGGAGGCCAGGCUUACUGUUACACCGGCAUGUGUCUGACCCUGGAGCAGCAGUGUCGCUCUCUGUGGGGACGAGAUGGUCGAGCAGCUCCUGACUUGUGUUUUAAGAAGGUAAAUGAAGCUGGGGACAUGUAUGGGAACUGUGGCAAGGAUCUUUUUGGGAAAUACAGGAGCUGUAAGGAGAGAGAUGCUAAAUGUGGGAAAAUCCAGUGUUCGACUUCGGCCUCAAAACCCAUUGAGAACAACGCUGUCCGAAUAGAAACCACUGUGACUGUGGGCAACAAGAAGCUGCACUGUAUGGGAACACAUGUGUACAAACUAGGGCAAAGGGAUGAAGAGGCACAGGGCGACACUUUGGACCCUGGUCUGGUUAUGACGGGCACCAAGUGUGGCAUUGACUCGAUCUGCUUUAACGGAGAGUGCCGCAAUGCAUCUUUCCUCAGAGCUGAUGAGUGCAAUGCCAAGUGCCACGGACAUGGGCUGUGCAACAACAAUCAUAACUGCCACUGUGACCCCGGUUGGGCUCCUCCAUUGUGUGACCAGAGGGGGUCGGGAGGCAGUGUCGACAGCGGGCCUGUCAUCAGCCACAGUAAUCUCCUUCCAGUCUUGGUGGUCCUCCCUCUGGUUCUGUUUGUUGUUCUGGCUGCUCUUGGACUGUGGUGCUGCUACAAACAUAAACUCCAACCAAUGAAAACCUCUACACCACCUCCAGUGCCAGCUUGCUCAGUACCAGUUGAGGGGAAGCCUCUUUGUGUUGACGGUCAUGUGAACGGUCAUACCAACCCAACAUUCUUGCUUAAGAAACAAGACGCAGAUCACCUGGGGAAGUCCUCUCCUCGCCCGAGCCCAUCUUGCCCGACUCGGUCCAGACAUUCAAUUGUGCGUCCAGCAGUGAAGCCUCCUCCUGUACCAGCGUAUGCUGCAGAACAGAAAGAGACUCAGCCUGCAGAUCCUCCUCAGAGACAAUGCUUUCCUCAGGGUUACACUUCUUCACCUCCCUUUAAAUCUGUGCAGCUGAGAGAGCUGAAACAAAACCCGGCUCCUCCUCCACCCUCAGGUCCUCCACUUGAUUCUAGACCCCACAAAGCCAGACCAGACCCCCCAAACAGACCUCCACCACCUUGUCCUGUAAACAAGCCACUGUUGGAAAAGAACCAAAUAAAAGGACUACAAGUAACCACUCAUGCUUUGCAAAGGGGUAAAGCUGCUUUGGCGCCACCUGCUGGACAGAAAAAGCCAAACAGAACCUAAAAGCUCAGGGAGAUGUCGAGGACCGCCACUGUCAUCAAAAUAGACACUGCCUCAAACUUUUGAAGAUUAGCAGCUGAAAAAUGUGGCACUGUGGGGGAAGAAUCAAAAAUACUUGACUCUGUGGAUUCAGAGCAUUUAAAUUGAUGUGUAAAAGGGAAAAAAGUCAAUAUUUUAACAAGUUAUGGUACAUAUCACAAUGUAUGUCGAGUAAGUCUUAAAGAAUAAGGCUUAUACAGUGCUUUUUUAAUUGUUUGCCCUUGAUUUUCUUUUACCAACUUGAAACAGCCCAAGCUGUGAAUUUUUAUUUUGACAUUAUUACCCCCAUGAAUCAUGUGUAUGUGAAAUAGUUCCAUGUGUGCAGCAGUGGUGAAACACUGAUGGAGAAUUAUUUAUUCACAAAGAGAAAUGAAUGUUUACAAUGUAGUCUACGUACUAAUUAUGGUGUCUCUUAAAGGGCAUCAGCUUCAAAGGGAUGUCUUAUAUUAAGAAAUAAUGUCAAUAUUGAAGUGCUCAUGCCUGUCAUGUUUGAAUUGAAGGGGAUUUAAACUGGAUUAACUCGACUCAGUGAAACCCCGUUGUGCAUGCUGUCAGUACUAUCAUUUAAAGAGAGGUAAAAGUUGGCUGUGUUGCAAGAUUUUUUUUUUUAUCAUUUGAAUGAUUUUAUAUUGUUGUAGUAUUGCACUUUAAGUAGGGUUUUAAUCAUCAAAUUCCUCCUGUCUCCUGAGGUUGGAUUGUUGACAUCCACUGAGUACCAACUAAUACGAUUACUGUUCAUGGUGACUUGUAUCUGUAAGAAAAGUGUCACUUUAAAGUCACCGUUUAAAACCACAAUAACUUUAUUUCUCUGUUGCACUGACACUGUGUGUGUGUCUGUGUGCAGGGAAACAAUUCAAAUCUCUUCUAGAUCAAAAAAAAAAGCUUUAUUUACAUUUAUCAGUUCAACAUCUCAAUAUUACACCAUGAAUCUGAGUCAUUUAGCAUGUUUUUCAAAGAUGUCACUCAAAAUGUUCUCUCAUGACCAAACUUCUGCAGGAGACGAUUGUAUGUGGCUGUAGGCUUUGUUACACAGAUCAUUAUGGCAUUACUGUAAGGUACAGUUUGAUAAAAUCUGUUUGACCACCUGAUUUGAUCCGUGAUAUUGAAAUGCAGUUUGUCAGUUGCCAUGUAUUACCUUCUUAUUACACCUAUGCAAAUCCUGGCACUGUACAGCACUGUGUCUUCAACUGGAAUUCUAUUAAAACAUGGAGUAAUAAAAGCAAAAUGUUACACAAUUUAACUGCUUGUUUUUUGUCAAUGCAUGUGAUUGCAUCACUGUAUGUGUAUGUACAGUGUAAUGUAUUGUGUAAGACACUGAGGGACUAACAAACAACAAUGCCUAAACAGAAGUAGGUUAAAUGGCCUGCUGUGAAAUGAAAGCUUUGAAAGUUUGCUUUAUGGUUAAUUCUUAAAUAUUUUGU